AUGAGGAAAUUAAAGAAAGGCUUAGAUGAGUUAAUCCCGACCGAGACAACGGUCAGCGGGUUCGUGGGAGACACCACGACUUCAAAGGGAAUCCUCCCACUCCAAGUUAGAGUGGGGCAAAAAGUUAGAAUGACUGCCUUCUUUGUGGUGGAGACAACGGCCCAUUUCAAUGCUUUGUUGGGCCGAGAUUGGAUCCAUGGAAGCAUGUGUGUGCCCUCUUCACUUCAUCAAUUUUAA